AUGGCCAAGUCAAAAGAAGAUCUUAUAGAUGUUGAUGAUGAGGCUUUAAACAUUACACGAGCGGGAGGAGGGUACUCUUGGGAAGAGGAGUAUAGACGUAGUUGGGAUGUUAUUCAAGAAGAUGAAGAUGGUAGUUUGAAACGUACAGUAGAAUCUCUACAGAAUCUAUUGAAACGUAAAAGAUUAUUACGUGAUACUGCAACAAUACGGCGAGGGAUUAUACGACAUUUGUUUUUGAUAUUAGAUCUUUCUGAAGCCAUGGCGGAAAAAGACUUGCGACCUUCUAGAUUGGAAUUGACGCUUUCAUAUACAGAACAAUUUAUUUUGGAAUAUUUUGAUCAAAAUCCAAUCAGCCAACUAGGAAUAAUUGUUACUAAAACUGGUGUCGCAGAAAAAAUUACAUCUUUGUCUGGUAACAAACAGACAAAAACCUCUUGA